UACAUCGACACAACUCACCCAAUAUUAAGAACGUGUUUGGAUGUUCACGCUUACGAGAUUUUGCAUCUUCCUUUGGUCGUGAAGCAGACUAUUUACAAAGGACUUAGUCAAAUUCUACUUGGUUUGAGUAUAAAGCAUAAGACAAGUUUACUCGAAUACCCAGAAACAGAGGUAGCAAAUGGGAUAAUUUUGGGAGAAUUAAAAGAAAAGAUUGAAAUGCACAAAAGACGUGUGAAGCAAAGAGUUAUUAAAGGUCUUGUAGAUAUAUCGAAGCACAGAUCUUGUAGAAGAAAUAAGAUCUCAGUCCACCAUCCGAAAAGUUGCAUGUAA